AAUAUGGUAUAUAAAAGGGAUUAUUCUCUCCUUGGUGCUUCCAGGAGGAAAAGAUGGUACGCAAGCUCAAGUUCCAUGAACAGAAGCUCCUCAAGAAGGUAGACUUUGUGAACUGGGAGGCCUCUACAGGGAACCUUGCUGAGCUGCGGGUGCUCCGUCGCUUCCGCUUGCAGCGGAGGGAAGAUUACACUCGCUACAACCAGCUCAGCCGGGCAGUUCGAGAGCUGGCUCGACGCAUCAGGGACCUAGGCGAUGCGCCGGAGUCGGCAGUUUUCCGGGCUCAGAGUACAGCUGCGCUCCUGGAGAAGCUGUAUGCCAUGGGGCUGGUGUCCUCCAAAGCCUCUCUGGAGCAAUGCGACCGUGUCUCGGCCAGUUCCUUCUGCCGCCGUCGCUUGCCUUGCCUGCUCCUGAAACUCCGCAUG